AUGACGAGCACCCUGCAGGGCAUCACGCUGAAGGGGAGCGCGGAGCUGGUGGCCGAGUUCUUCUCCUUUGGCAUCAACAGCAUCCUGUACCAGCGAGGCAUCUACCCUCCAGAGUCCUUCAGCAUCGUCACUCACUACGACAUGAGUCUGCAGCUCACCACCGACGCCAAGCUCAAGAACUACCUCACCAACGUGGUCUCGCAGCUCAAAGAGUGGCUGUACGAGUGCACCGUGCAGAGGCUGGUCCUGGUCAUCACGUGUCUGGAAACCAACGAGGUCCUGGAGCGGUGGCAGUUCGACGUCGAGUGCGAUAAGUUGGCCAAAGAGAGCAGCGCCCCCAGACAGAAGUCCAUCAAGACCAUUCAGGACGAGAUCCGCUCCGUGAUCCGGCAGGUCACAGCCACGGUCACCUUUCUGCCGCUGCUGGAGACGCCAUGUGCCUUUGACCUGCUGGUGUACACGGACAAAGACCUGGUGGUCCCUGAAAAGUGGGAGGAGUCUGGCCCUCAGAUCAUCAGCCAAUCAGAGGAGGUGCGUCUGCGCUCCUUCACCACGUCCAUCCACAAAGUCAACAGCAUGGUGGCGUACAAACGCACAGACUCUGUGUGA